CUGGCCGUCUCUGCAGAACAGCCCGCAUUCUUCUUGAAUCCACUCAUCGAUAAGACUUCCACAGAGAAUUAUCUCCAACUUAGUGUUUGCACUCACUACAAAGAAGGAAAUGCAACGAAUAUGGCUGUUAUGGAAGUGGAACUGCCGUCAGGAUAUGUGGCCGAUGUGGAGGCACUGCCCAGUGUUACCCGGGCCAAGGAAAUCAAACGAAUUGAUACCUCAAAAGGCGAUACAAAUGUUAUCAUAUAUUUUGAUAGAAUAACAAGAGAUGAGAUCUGUCUGACAGUGCCGGCGCACCGAACCCAUAGGGUGGCCAACAAUAAGCCGGUUCCGGUCACUGUCUAUGACUAUUAUGAUAGACAACAAACUUCGCGUAUUUUAUACGAACCAAAACUCGUAACCGUUAGUAAUCUGACUUCAAUCCUAUUGACAUGA